CCCUGACAAGAAUUCUGCGCCAUUUUGGCUUCGUUCUUUGCGAGGAGGUUGAGCGGCCGGGGGCUUAUUCUCUGAGCUGUAGCCGAAACUGACCUGAAGAUGCCAAUGGACCGGUUCGAGCUCGGCUACGAGCCCAGGAAAUUUAGGGGCCGAGGAAAUCGGGGCAGGGGGAACUUCAUUGGUAGAGGCAUGAAGGUUCAAGCGUCAUUUGGAAGGGAGAAGUUUGUGAAUAAACCAAUGAAUGGCAUUGUACCAAUGAGACGUGGUAUUGGGAGAAUGCAUCCGUACAUGGACCCUCGAGGACGUGGAGGUAUGAGAGGACGACCUCCAGGAUUUAUGCCACCACCACCACCACUUCCUCCAAGGGAAAUGGGAGAACCCUUUCCACCACCACUCCCUCCACCACCACCUCCCCUCGCUCCUCUAAGGCGUGGACACCCACCACCUGGACUGAUGGGGUUUAGAGGCAUGCCACCUCCCCCCCGUGGUAGAGGUAUGUUGCCGCCACCACCACCAAGAGGAAACUUUUCUCAACUAAGAGGCUUUCCCAAUGGACGCGGUGCUGCAGCACAUCCUCCGCCACCUGGCCGGGGCCAGAGAUGGCCCGGACCGCCAGGUGGCAGACGCUUUUAAAGAGACACACUGUUUACAAUCCAUAGCAGUUUUUAUGUGGCCGGAGAGUGAAACCCGUUUUAUUUUUAAUUUUUUGGGUCCUUUUAUUGCCAAAUGAGUUUUUUUUUUUUUUAGUUUGAGUUUUGAAAGGAAUGUUUUCCAGCAGCCCUCAUGCAUUAAGCGGCAUAGACAAAAAAAAAAAAAAGCCAGACCGCAUCACAUAAGACAAAUGAUCUUUCUCUUUGGACAUUUUAUCAAACACGUAUUCCGUAAUAAAACGCGUGGACAUUUGGCUGUUGCACAGCAGGAAAGAACUUACAAGAUGGGUCAAGCGUUAACCUUAAUUAUAAUUCUAAGUAUCGGACUUGUGUGCAACGUCCUCAUUGUAUUAUAAGCACUCUAUACCAAUCUAGCAGAAUCUGCUGUCGUACAUAUUUGUAACGCUAAGUGUUAAAGUUGGGGGGGAGAAAAUUGUGAACACUAAGAAGCAGAAAUGUUGUGUAGUAGAAUACAAAAGCCGACCUCCUAGUCACCUAUAGGAACGCUUGACCUGCUGUGAAGGCUGCGUACUUGGCAUAAUUGUAAUCUGUACCAUUUUCAAGUGGCUACGUAAUGCCAUUUGGAGAAGUAAAAAAGUAAAAUUUGUAAAACAAUCCAUUUAACGUUAAGAUUUGUAUGCUUUGUAAAACUUCAACAAGACUGUAUUCUGCAUCUAAAGGUGUUUUAUAAUGUGAGCAAAAUCUAUAAUUUACCAAGUAUUACUGUUCAUAAAUGUAAUUCACUUUAGCAUUACUGUAAAAAUGGAGCUACAACGGCAUAUUGUACGCACUGCAUUUCUCUCCCCCCCCCCCCCCUCCCACUUCUCUCUACUAUUCUGCUGAGGGCUGAAUUGAAACAAAAAGGGGGUGAUUCAUACUGAGGCACUGUAAUAUUCCCAAGCCAACGUGCAAAACAUUGAUUGAGUACCUUAAUUUAUGAAUAUCCUUGAAUCGGUUUCUUGCUCACACACAAGGAAACUGUUGUAUUUUUUUUUUUAUAUUUUAACAGAAUUGUUGCAUUUCUUUAGUUCUGAAGUUAAGCUAUGGUUUACAUUGUAACACUAAGCUAAAUGUAUACUCCUGCCUCGACAGUAUUUAUUCUAAAUGUUUAAUACAUUUUUUUUUUUUUCUUUUACGUGUCUCCAUUUUUUUCCCCAUCGAAAUACAAAUGUACAAUAUUAGCAAGGCUAAUGUUUUUAGUGUAAGUUUAGUUUUUUUUUUUUUGCUGAUGGAAGGUGUCUAUAAACCGUGUUGCAAAUUUGCCUCCUACACCGCUAAAAGGAAAAAAAACGAAAAACUAUUUGACCGCAUACCUAUCCAUAUAUACAAGCACCUCCUUGACUGUGCAAGCAUAUAUGAAGAUGUGGUAUGUCUCACUUAUUCUAGACAUAUAGCCAGAAUGAUAUAACACAAGGGAUUACUUAAACCUCGCAGUUUACCCCAGACGUUGCAGAAGCAGACGAUGUCAAGAGAAUGUAGUUAUAUUCAUGGAGAAAACAUCAAGCAAAUGUCCAUCUAUUCAAUACAAUUGCAGUAAAACAGAGCUCCAUCUAAAGGGUACCUAAACUUUC